CUUUUUGUUAUGCAUUAUUUCGUAUUUGCUUGUUCUGUCUCUCGCUACGACAAACGCGGGGGAAAUCAUGCAGUUGUGUUUUGCUUCUCUCUGAUAGUGGCUUUGUUCCGUUGCCUGAUUUUCCUCCCCGUAACCGACGGAUUAGGUCUGGCCGGUUCUCAACCCUGCCCUGGAUCCAUCCGGGCAUUCAGCCACGGGCUCCACGUCGAUGCAAACAAUCGGCAUUAGAAAUGAGCCAUAUACUCACAUCCCAUGGAGCACUGUCGUCACUAACAACUAGUCGCUUCGACUAAAGUUAAAGCUAUUUCCGAAGGCGUGAUUGGUCUUGGCCACUGCAGCAAGGGAGUCGACACCUACUAUCGCUCGACUUUAGUCUACCUCAUUUACGAGAAUGACCCGAAGGUCAAUGCAUGCGUAAGCUCAGCUGGAUCUCUAGCGUGGCCCUUACUUGCAAGGCUACCUUUUCUGCAAGCAUUGUAUUGACAGGCCCGAUGUAUACCGGCCGAGCUAUUUGUACAUAAAGGGCCCUUCCCUCGACUGACAAUGUACCCUGGCUGAAUAGAAAACAG